AUGCCGACCAUCCUCCUCCUCGGCACCUGCGACACAAAAUGGUCCGAACUCCUCUACCUCCACUCCCAACUAACCUCUAACCCCUCCAUCUCCGUCCUUCUCAUGGACGUCGGCCGCGCCGCCACCUCCUCCCCUCUCAUCAACAUUCCUCAUCCCAGCCUCAACAACAACAACAACAACAACAACAAAACAAUCGACUACACCCAACUCUCCCGAAACGACUACAUCCAAACCAUCACCCACCAAUCCACCCCCACCGUCACCGACCUCUACCACCAUGGCAAAAUCCACUCCAUCCUCGCCAUCGGCGGCAGCUGCGGCACCACCAUCGCAACCGCCAUCAUGCGCGAUGCCCUCCCCAUCGGCUUCCCCAAACUCAUGGUCUCCACCAUGGCCUCCGGCGACGUGGGGCCCUACAUCCAGGAAACAGACAUCACCAUGAUGUACAGUGUCGUCGAUGUAGCGGGUACAAACAGCAUCUUGAAUAGAAUUCUCCGCAAUGCAGCGGCUGCAGGGACCGGCAUGGCCAUAUCAUACUGCGACUACCUUACCUCCGAGACUACCAUCGCUACAAACGGACAUACCAAGAUAAACUCGGAAGACGAAAAGAAAACCAAAAUCGGCAUCACCAUGUUCGGCGUAAUCACCCCCGCGGUCACCCAAAUCCGCAGCUACCUCGAAUCCCACCUCCCCAACCAAUGUGAAAUCUACGUUUUCCAUGCCACCGGCUCGGGCGGAAAAGCCAUGGAGCGCCUCAUCCGCGAACAACAACUCGACGCCAUCGUGGAUCUGACCACCUCUGAGAUCGUGGAUGAGCUCGCCGGUGGGGUAUUAUCCGCCGGACCGGGCAGGUUAGAUGCCGCUGCGGAGAGGGGCAUCCCGCAGGUAGUGAGUGUGGGGGCAUGCGAUAUGAUUAAUUUCGGGACGAAGGAUACAAUUCCCGAACGGUUCAAGGGGCGGAGGAUCUAUGAGCAUAAUCCGACGGUGACGAUUGUGAGGACGGAUGAGGAGGAGAAUCGACGAGUCGGGGAGUUUAUUGUGGGGAAGUUGAGGAAGGCGAAGUGGCCCGGGAAUGUGGUGGUGAUGUUGCCCACUGGGGGAGUCAGUAUGAUGGAUGUUCCGGGGAAUGAGUUCUAUGAUGGGGAUGCGGAUGAGGUGUUGUUUGGGACGGUGGAGAGGGGGUUAGAGGGGUCGGGGGUGAGGGUUGUGAGGUGUGAGGGGGAUGUGAAUUAUAUUAGUUUUGAACUGAAUUUAGGUUACUACUUAAUUGCAUAUCUCAAUGUUGGUGCCGCCGGAGCACCAAUGGGGUAA